AGCAGCGGCGGUGCGGUGGCCACGCAGCUGGCCUUGGUGGACCUGCUGCGGCUGGAAGAGGCUCCGCACCCUCGCCAGGCUGCCUCCUCUUUCUGAUUCUUUCUGCUCUACAACUUGGUCACAGAGCAAGGUCCAAGGGCACGGACCUUUGCACUGCCAACUUCUGAAAGCCACAUAAAGCGACGCAGUGCUGGAGAGCUGGGGAGUGCCUGCACAGAGCUCAGCCUGCUGGAGCUGGCCAUGGUGCUGUGGGGGCCAGUGCUGGGAGUCCUGUUCAUGGUCAUUGUGGGAUGCCUGUAUCUGUCCUUCCUGCUCAGGCGCCGCAGGCCCGGGGAGCCACCUCUGGACAAGGGUUUCGUGCCCUGGCUGGGUCACGCCAUGGCUUUCCGGAAGAACAUGUUUGAGUUCUUGAAGGGGAUGCAGGCCAAGCACGGGGAUGUGUUCACGGUGCAGCUGGGAGGCCAGUACUUCACCUUUGUCAUGGACCCCCUCUCCUUCAGCCCCAUCCUUAAGAACACGGAGAAAACACUAGACUUCACAAAGUAUGCACAAGGGCUGGUGCUCAAGGUCUUUGGUUACCAGGGUAUUGACGGGGACCACCGGAUGCUGCACUUAGCGAGUACCAAGCAUCUGAUGGGGCAAGGCUUGGAGGACCUCAACAGGUCCAUGCUGGACAGCCUGUCCCUGGUGAUGCUAGGGCCCAAAGGCCCGAGUCUGGGCGCCAGCUCCUGGCAUGAAGAUGGCCUCUUUCACUUCAGCUACAGCAUCUUGUUUAAGGCCGGCUUCCUGAGCCUGUUUGGCUACACCAAGGACAAGGAACAGGACCUGCAGGAGGCCAGUGAGCUCUUCGCGAACUUCCGAAGGUUCGACCUUCUUUUCCCCAGGUUUGUAUACUCUCUGCUGUGGCCCCGGGAGUGGACAGAAGUCAGCCAACUGCAGCGCCUCUUCCACCAGAAACUCUGCGUGGAGCAGAACCUGGCGAAGGAUGGGGUCAGUGACUGGCUAGGCCACAUGCAUCAGUUCCUGAUAGAGCAAGGCAUGGCUUCGUCCAUGCAGGACAAAUUUAACUUCAUGAUGCUCUGGGCCUCCCAGGGGAACACAGGGCCGACCUGCUUCUGGGCCCUGGUGUUCCUGCUGACGCACGGGGACGCCAUGAAGGCCGUACGAGAAGAGGCCACCCGGGUCCUGGGGGAGCCCAGGCUGGAAGCAAAGAAGUCCUUCGCCUUCAAACUCAGCGCCCUGAAAUGCACCCCAGUGUUGGACAGUGUGAUGGAAGAGACGCUGCGUCUGCGUGCUACCCCGACGCUCCUCAGGGUGGUACAGAAGGAUUAUGUCCUAAGGAUGGCCAGCGGGCAAGAGUACCAGAUCCGAAAUGGAGACAAGGUGGCCCUCUUCCCCUACCUCUCAGUGCACAUGGACCCUGACAUCCACCCUGAGCCCACAGCCUUCAAGUACAAUCGGUUCCUCAACCCCGAUGGCUCCCGGAAAGUGGACUUCUACAAGUCCGGCCAGAAGAUCCACCACUUCAACAUGCCCUGGGGCUCGGGCGUGUCCAUCUGCCCCGGCAGGUUCUUCGCCCUCAGUGAGAUGAAGAUCUUUUUGCUCCUUAUGGUUACGUAUUUUGACUUUGAGCUCGUGGACCCUGGCACACCCGUGCCCCCUGUUGACCCAAGGCGCUGGGGCUUCGGCACCUCACAGCCCAGCCACGAGGUGCGCUUCCGUUACCGCCUGAAGCCCAUGCACUGCACUCAGGCCUGACCACACCCUGCAGUCCAGAGCAGCACUAAACACCUGUCCUCCCGGCUUUGCGGCACCCCUGCCUCUCACCGGCAUCCCCGACCUCUUGCCUUCUAGAUAUCUCACAGGCUUGUCAUGCUCCCUGUAAGACCCCAUCGCCAAGCUCCGUUUGCAGCAGGCACUCAGCCAGGCUCCUCACACCCUGGAGGGCAGAACUGACUCCCAAGCUCAAACAGCAUCUUGCAAAGACUGCCUCACACCCUCCGCCUGCUUUUGCUCGACGCCCUUACUCCACAUCCUGUGGGUUCAGACUCAGGAGAUGUUGCUCAGUGCAGUCGCUAACUCACUAGUGCA